UUCAUGACCUUAGUUAACUUGCUUGAAAAUUUCAGCAGAAGUUUUCUAUUUGUUCAAGCUUGAGGGUUGUUUCUUGGCUUCAAGAAGCAGCUUCAUCAUUUCUGCUUGUUUCUUCUAUAAAAUACCAAUUUCUACUUACAAUUACAAGCAAACCAUAAUAAACACGGAACCCUUCAUCAGUUUGUUUUCACAGAGAUCUUAUUAUGUCGAACAUCUUUACUAUGCCAAGCAUUCCAUCAACAACAUCAGUUAUAUCAACAUACACAGCAUUUGCAGCAUCAUCAAUGCUUGUCCGGACAGUGCUCAAUGAGGUCCAGACCAUGACCGCUCAGCUAAUCCCUCAAAAACUGCAAGACAAAAUAAUGGCUAGUCUUGGUAGCCUUUUUAGAUUAAAUUCUUGCAAGUUGACUCUGAUCAUCGACGAGUACAAUGGUUUCACCAUUAACGAAAUCUACCAAGCUUCUCAAGCCUACUUAAGUACAAGAAUCACCCCAUCAGUAGACCAGCUUAAGGUUUCCAAAGCUCCAAGAGAAAAGAACUUUACUGUUACUAUCAACAAAGGUCAAAGGAUUACUGAUGAGUUCGAAGGAAUUCAAGUGGCAUGGGAAUUUUCCAGCACAGAAACACAAACUGCAGCUUCCGAUUACUCAGAUUCGACAGAGAAAUCUGAACGCAAAUUAUUUCUGCUAUGUUUCAACAAGGAACACAAAGACGCGGUAUUGAAUGUUUACCUGCCAUACGUAUUAGAAAGAUCAAAAGCCUUAAAAGAAGAAAACAAAGCGAUCAAGCUUUACUCUCUUUUUGGUGGAGAGUAUUAUGAAGGUCCUUGGGGAUCAAUUAACCUUGAUCAUCCAUCCACUUUUGAUACAAUUGCAAUGGAUCCAAGACUGAAGCAGGAGGUGAUGGAUGACUUGGAUAGAUUUGUGAUAAGAAGGGAAUUCUACAGAAGAGUUGGAAGGCCCUGGAAACGUGGGUACUUGUUGUAUGGUCCUCCUGGUACAGGAAAAUCAAGCUUGAUUGCGGCCAUGGCUAAUUACCUGAAAUUUAAUAUCUACGACCUGGAACUUACAAGUAUCAGCAGCAAUUCGGAGCUGAGGAGAUUGCUAACCUCAACAGGAAAUAGAUCAAUACUUGUAAUUGAAGAUAUUGAUUGCAGCAUAAAGUUGCAGGAUCGGCAAAACGGAGAGAACAACCCCGGUGACAGUCAGUUGACACUGUCAGGAUUACUGAACUUCAUUGACGGGUUAUGGUCUAGCUGUGGAGAUGAGAAGAUAAUCGUAUUCACAACAAACUAUAAAGAUAAGUUAGAUCCUGCGUUGCUAAGACCAGGCAGAAUGGACAUGCAUAUACAUAUGUCUUACUGUACUACUAGUGGAUUCAAGAUUCUUGCUUUUAACUACCUCAAGAUCAAGACGCAUUGCCUUUUUACAGAGAUCGAAAAGUUGAUAGAGGAAGUAGAAGUGACGCCAGCUGAAGUUGCAGAAGAGCUCAUGAAAGGUGGUGACGUUGAUUUGGUACUGAAAGGACUCCAAGGAUUUCUACAAGGGAAGAAAGAAAUGAAACGCAAAGAGAAACAAUCGCUUGUUGAAAUAGACAUGGAAGUAACUGAAAACGACAACGAAAAAGAAAGACAAGAAAUGGAGAAAGGCAGCCAGGGGAGAGUCAAGAAGAACAAGAGUAAGAGAACAAGAAGAGGGAAAGGAAGACUUGUGUAAACAUCACAAUGCAUCGCUUAUCCUGGUUUUAAUGAUUAAAAACUAAGGAUUAGUUUUAAACUAAGGAUUACAAUAAAAUUUGUUCACCCUUAAAUGUUUUCUUUGCUUAAUUUGUAAUUUGUUUACCAAUACCA